AUGUCAAAUCGAUUCCCUCCAUCGUCCGGGUUUAAUUCCCGUGAUCGUUCUCCGCAGCGCUUCGGUCGUCCACCGGUUGGCCCUCGUGGUCCUGACGAUGGCCCUGCCCCGUUUAGAGACCCGCCCCGUGGCCCUCGCGCCUUGGUCGACUCGCCUCGGGGCCACUUUGGAGGCCGUGGUAGGGGUUAUGGCCGUGGUGAUUUCCGUGAUCGAGACAGAGAUCCACGAGACCGGGACCGUGAUUUUCGAGACACCCGCGACGGCCCACCGUUUCGCCGGGAUAUGGACCGUGACUGGGGUCGCCGUGACCGUGACUUUGACCCCCGAGACAAUCGCAUUGGCUUUGGCCGAGGACGCUCGAGGUCCCCGACGCGCGACUUUCGUGAUAUCAGAGAUCCCCCAGGACGCGACUUUGAUCUAGGUCGGAUCCGUCGCAAUUCUCGAGAUAGCAUCUUGUCCGCAUCUUCAGGAGGCCCCGAUGGCCCACCCACCAAUGGCGGUCAUAUCAAUCGAGGAGGCAUGCGAGGGCGCGGCCGUGGAGACUGGGAAGGUGGACGCGGUCGAGGCCGCCCGCCCUUCCUUAAUGACGACCGCGAUCUCUUCCGCCGACGAAGCCGAUCUCGCGAAACCUGGCGUGGACGUCCCGAUCGAAUGAUGGAUCGUGACCGAGACCGAGAUUUGGACCGUGAUCGUGCCUUGGAUCGGGAUCGCAUGAUGGACCGAGAUCGUGACCGGGAACCCCCGCGACCAAGAGACCGGGACCGAGACUUGGAUCGUGACUUGGACCGUCGAGACCGCUUUGAUCGUCGAGAAGAUUGGGAACCCCGGCGCCCUGAUCGCGAGGACCGAGAUCGCCCAGUCGACUUCUGGAAACGUGACCGUCCGCCGAGCCGUGCAGAAAGCCGUGCAGCCAGCGGUUCGACUACCUCCUCACAUCCCCAUGCAGCAUCGACUAGUGGCCCAGCUCCAGUGGAUCGACCCCUCGAGCCCCCGGUGGACCCAAGCAGGAAAGCCUCGAUCAUGUCAACUGCUCCGGCACCAGAGCCGGUACGAGAGACCGAGCGGACUGAAGUGAUCCUAGCUCGCCCAGAGGCUCCCAAGGAGCCCCCACUUGUUGUUCGAUCCUCCCCGCCUCCAGCUGCUCCUCAGGUGCCCGCCUUUGGCUCCGUGUCAGCUCCUAUCCCAAGCCCAGCUGCCGAUAAAGAACCCGCAGAACAGCGAACGGCCCCAAUUACCUCUCAACCAACAUGGAAGGACCGGAAUGAAGUACAACGGCCGAUGGUUCAACCCCCAACCGGCCCCAAGGCGGAAAGAGGCGAUACCUCAGCUCUCUCUGAACCUCGCAAUCGUCCUGAAAUACCGUUGGAACCCACAAAUCCGCAGGGAGGACCUGCACGUGCGCCCAAACCAUCUACAGGUAUCUCCGACUUGUCACCACCCACUGCCCCAGCCGCGAUGUCCAAGCCGAACUCAGUCUCUGCGCCAAACGAGGCUUUCGGGGUUCGCAGAUCGAAUUCUCAGACCUCAUCUCCCACGUCCACACGACAUCCGCUACCGGUUUCGCGCGCAGCAUCCCGCGAACCAUCCGUGUCACCUCGAGUGCCCUCCUCCAUUAUCCCCACUGGACCUAGAGCACUGCAACGGCAGGCCCCAUCACCACGCGGAGGAAAAGGCAGCAAGCCAUGGAUGCAUCCUGGCUACCCCCGGACACCAUCUGUUUCUAGUGCGCCUCCGAAGCAGGAACCUAUCGAUCAUGGUCAGGCUGUUACUUCUGUUGUUAAAGACACUCGAAACGUCCGAAGACCCCCGUCUCCCGUUGCAGAUGAGCCAGAGAGUGGUGAAAUUGUUCCUCGUGAAGAUGAGAAAGCCAGGUCUCCGGCUUCUGAUUCAAUGAAACUCCCGAUUCGCCUUAGCCCUCCGUUGGAUUCCAAUGUGGAAGACGUUGAAUUGAGCAGACACUCUGAGAAAGGCGGCAAUGAAGAGGAGCCUGCCAUGUUGCCGGAUUUUGGACGUUCUAGUGACGAGGAAGAUAGCGAGAAUGUCUUCACCCAGGAAUAUCUCGAAGAAAGGAAACGAAUUUUCGAAAGGGACAUGGUAUCACUCCGAGCCGAACUGCCUCCUUCUCCUCUGGAAGACCCGACGAUUGUAUCUCUUCUGCUGAAAAUCCAGUUACUUGGCAUGUUGGCCAACGAAAUGUCAGUGGAACAGCCCGCAGAAGAAGCAGUGGAAAAACCAGUACAGCAAUCCGUGGAACCCGUGCCAUCAGUGGAGGAUGAAGUGACAGCCAAUCCUCUCAGCAGUGAACGGGUGGUCUCCUUCGCCCCAACGCCGACUGAGCGUGAACCCGAACCUGAACUGGAGCGUGAACCGGAGCCAGUUGUUGAAACUAUCAUCCCCCCUGUGGUACCCAGUGAUGAAGUUACCAUCGACAGUCUUCCCUUCUUACACUCUGGCCCUCCCACUCCUCUUUCGGAUUUGGAAGUAUACCAUGAUAAUAUUGACAUCCAGAACCGCCUCAAGGACACCUUCCUUGACGAACUUUCCAAGUCACAGCAAGAAGUUUUCAAGAAGAAUGCAAUUCUUCGAGAGGAGUACAUGUCUUACUACAAGUCUUGGCGGUUGGCCAUCUGGGAGCUAGACCGUCUGAAGGACAAGAAAUCUGAUACCCCGGCGCCAGCCUCGCCACCGGUCUCUACAGUACCAACCACCCCAGCACCCAAUCCGGAAGGCCGUGAAGGACGACGCUACAAAGGAAACAGCGAGCUCGAUUUCCUCAACGCGCUGAAAGCCUCUGAGAUCUCGGCUCAAGAAGAGCUCGAACGCCGACGAACUAAAAUGGCUACUGCUCGGCCUGAUUUGGGACGUGAGGCAAUCAUCCCAGACAUGCUCGAGCCGCAUGAGGAGAAAGCCUGCGUCUACAAAGACGUCAACAAUAUCAUUGAGUGUAACCGGGCCAUGGAUGUUUUCGGAUUCCUGCCACCUCCCAACGAUUUUACUCCGGAGGAGCACAUUACUUUCACAGACGCCUUCAUGGCAUAUCCCAAGAAAUGGGGCAAAAUCGCGGAAUCCCUACCUGGGCGCACUUUUCAGCAGUGUAUCAUUCACUAUUACCUCACCAAGGAAGAGAUUAAGUACAAGGCUAAGCUCAACAAACGCUGGAGUAAACGCAAGGGAGGACCUCGAAAGGGCGCCCCACGGCCCAAAUCCAACGCCCUGAUUGCUGACUUGAGCGUCGUUAAGCCUGACUUUGACGGUGAGGAAGCACCUCCCCCUGUCACUGACACUGGUCGUCCACGCCGUGCUGCGGCUCCCACAUUUGGUGACUCUGGCGAAGUGGAGGGCGGACCACCCGGCCGUCGUGCCCAGGCUGGCCGGGAUAUUGAACCAGUCGAAAGACCGCCUGCUCGACGUGGGCGUGGUGGAGGCGGUAGUCGCGGCGCCCGGCGCGCGAAGACCAUGCAACCCGAUCAGAAAGGUCAGAUCCUGGCCACACAGGACACCUUACCCCCGCCUCUUCCUGGAACCGAGAUGGAAAUGAUUCCAGACAACAUUCCAUGGGGGCUAGAGGCCAGAGGAGGAGAACGUAUGGUUCAAGAACAACUUCCAGCAAUGCCGCGAGGUAGGGCAGGACGCGGACGCGCAAAAGAUGGCGUCUAUGUCUUUGAGUCUACCGAAAUCGACCCUCCUAUGGCAGUCAAGCAGGCUGAGACGGGCUACGGGUCCAUGCAACCGACAAGCUAUUGGUCUGUGCCAGAGCAGCGUGAUUUCCCUGCCUUGCUAGCACACUUUGGCCGUGACUUCGAAGGUAUCUCGGGUUGGAUGAAGACUAAAACUACGGUGAUGGUCAAAAACUUUUACCAGCGUCGCCUGGACAGUGGCCACAAAGAUUUCGAGUUGAUUCUCACAGAGGCCGAGGAAAAGAAGGUUCGCGGUGAACUUACGGGGCCCCUUCCCAUUCCGAGUGUUGCGCCCAAGCGACGAUACGAGGCGACUCCGUCUUCUAUCAUUCCUCGCCCACUCGCCCCUCAUGGCGAUCCCAUGGCCGAAGUGGACGAAUCCCGGUUCUCCUCAAAGGCCAAGCCUCUUGCUCUCUCGCCACAGCCCAUGGCCCCGCAUGUGCGGCCAGCGUCCGAGAAAGAUCGCAAUGCUGCUCGCUAUCAACCACUUGCGCAAGCUUCCACCGCUUCUCCAGUGCCAUCAACUGCAACUCUCAUUGAAGAGUCAACUCGGGCAAUCCGCGCACAGAACGCAGGCCAGGCUCAUCGUUUGCAGCAGGGUCCACGCCUUGGGUACUUCACGGAGGACAGACGAGACUCUUCGAUCCUGCCUCAUUCAACGUCCCGUGCACAGGAUCUAUCUCUUUCCACACGCCAUCCUCCUGGCUCAAUGCCACCUGAUAUGGCUCGGAUGGAACCUUUGUCUACACAAGGCUACAUGUCUGCGCAGCAGCCACCGUCUCUUCUUUCCUCGGCUCACUCGCGUCACCCCAGCUUGACCCAGCCUGGCUCGCCCACUCAACUGCCUAGACCUGAACUUGACGUUGCGUCCGUUCACCGUGAUCCCUUUGCUCCUAGACCCUAUUACUCGUAUGCAGGCCAAGGACUAUCCCAGUCGCCUCGCCCGGGUUUGUCGCCAGUCAAAGAUGCACCUCGCCCGAGUGUCACUCCUGCUCCUGAUGCAUCUCGCCAAGUGCCCGCCAAACGGUCCAACAUCAUGAGUAUUCUUAACGAUGAGCCCGAGGAGCCUCAGCCGCGCAAACGAUUUGCCAGUGAGCAGGCUCCGUCCGCCGCAGCUUCAACCUCAAGUGCAGCAGGAAGACCUGUUUACCAGACUACCCCAUCGUCCCGCCAUGAAGACACCGUCAUGUCCGGUAUGCCGCAGAAACCCUCUAGCUUCGCCCAGCAAAGCCAGUAUCAGCAAUCCUCUCGCGGAUAUACGGAGUACCCUGGAUAUGGGCCCCCUCAGAGCGGCUCAGGCACGUCGGCAAACAAUGACUGGAUGGCCCGGUUCGACCCGCGGGCGCAACAAACGCCUCCGCAGCCUCAAGCCCAACCGCCACCGGCGCAGCAGCAGAGCAGCCGUCCUGCGGCACCUUUGGCUUCUCAGAGUUCCUAUGCAUCUUAUGCUUCAGCCCCUGGCCAGUCUUCAGUACCUUUGACCAAUCUCUCGGCUCCAUCGCCAGCCCCGACUCCCCCACCCCAAACCGCCUCUCAGCGGUCGUCCUAUCCUAACGUGUUUUCUCAAUCAUCUUCUACCCAGCCGCAGCCGCCUGGAGCCUCUGGCUCGCGUGAGAUGGCCUCUCAGCCCCCAUCCUAUCGAGCAACAUCACCUGGUCCACGUGCCUCUAUGGCGUAUGGAUCGCGACAGGAACCACCGGCGCCUACACAGUCUUCCGCUAGUCUGUAUGGUGUUCAUCCGCGCCAGUCUGGAACGCAAUCAUCGUACUCAGCCGCGUCCACGCCAAACCCAGUCCAGUCGCAUAGCUAUCAACAGCAUGUACAAACCAUGGUCAGUGGGUCGCACCAGCCCCAGUCACACCGCUCCACUCCUGUGACCUUGCCCGGUGGUCCCUCACAGUAUGGACAUAACACCCCACCUCCUCAGUCUCAGCCUAGUCGAUCAAUGGCGUCGCUGGCGAGCCUUGGACGCUCGUAUACUCCUCCAUCUGCUAUGCAUCCCUCCAUGGGUGGAAGUGCCAUGGGUGGUUAUGCCCCUCCCCCACAAUCUGUGUCGGGAUCUGUCCCGCCACUUCAUCAGCGGCCAGGAGCGCCGGGCUCCCUCGGUGAGGCUGCUUCUACCCCCACACAUCACCGCGUUUACAGCCAUAGCUCAACCCAAGGCGGACCACCGGGGUCGUUGCCACCGCCUUCGCAGCCGCCUCGUUAG